UACAAAACACACCAACAAAUUCCCUCCUUCCCAUAUAAACCACACCCCUUCCCUUUCGUCUUCCGAAAAACACUCAUUUCACCUCCUCUGAACUCCCUCUCCCUCUGUCUCUCUCUCUGAUUUUUAGCAAUGGCAUCAUCAGUGGUGAGGGUUGAUCUUGAUGGAAAACCAAUAAAUCCGCUUACAAUUUGCAUGAUCGGUGCUGGUGGUUUCAUUGGGUCCCACCUGUGUGAGAAGAUCUUGAACGAAACUCAACACAAGAUCUUAGCCCUUGAUGUUUACAAUGACAAGAUCAAGCACCUUCUCGAACCGGACAGCCUCCCUUGGGCUGGCCGGAUCCAGUUCCACCGUAUCAAUAUCAAACACGACUCUCGCCUCGAAGGCCUCAUCAAGAUGUCAGAUCUGACGAUAAAUCUGGCUGCGAUCUGUACUCCGGCUGAUUAUAAUACGCGUCCUUUGGAUACGAUUUAUAGCAACUUUAUAGACGCGCUGCCUGUGGUGAAGUACUGUUCAGAGAAUGGGAAGCGUCUGAUUCACUUCUCGACUUGUGAAGUGUAUGGGAAAACUAUUGGGAGUUUUCUUCCUAAAGACAGUCCUCUUCGUCAGGAUCCUGCAUAUUAUGUGCUUAAAGAAGAUGCCUCUCCCUGCAUUUUCGGUUCCAUUGAGAAGCAGAGAUGGUCUUAUGCGUGUGCAAAGCAAUUGAUUGAGAGGCUGGUUUAUGCUGAGGGUGCAGAGAAUGGACUUGAGUUCACCAUCGUGAGGCCUUUCAACUGGAUUGGACCCAGAAUGGAUUUUAUUCCCGGUGUUGAUGGCCCAAGUGAGGGCGUUCCCCGGGUUCUUGCUUGCUUUAGCAAUGCUCUUCUUCGCCGGGAGCCGCUCAAGCUUGUGGAUGGUGGUGAAUCCCAGAGAACAUUUGUUUAUAUUAAGGAUGCCAUCGAGGCUGUUCUCUUGAUGAUUGAAAAUCCUUCCAGGGCCAAUGGUCAUAUUUUUAACGUUGGCAACCCUAACAAUGAAGUCACUGUGAGGCAGCUUGCUGAAAUGAUGACAGCGGUCUACGCAAAUGUAAGUGGAGAACCUGCUCUUGAGGAACCGACAGUUGAUGUCAGCUCCAAAGAGUUCUACGGUGAGGGAUAUGACGAUAGUGACAAGAGAAUUCCAGACAUGACCAUAAUCAAUAGACAACUUGGUUGGAACCCCAAGACGUCUCUGUGGGACUUGCUCGAUUCAACCCUCACUUAUCAACACAAGACGUAUGCCGAGGCAAUCAAGAAGGUCAUGUCACAACCCACAACCAGCUGAAGAAGUAAAUGAGACACGAUGAAGAGGAUAUUCCUGGAUGGGCUGGUAAUUAGCGAAGUGUUCCAAUUCUUUUUAAGGCAAUCUUAAGUAUAUCAUAAUGGUUGGUUCGAUAUACAUUACAAUUUUUGUCUUUCUGGUGUCGGUAGUCGGUGGCUCAGUGUAGCUCAGGAAUGUGUUUUAAAAAUGUCAAACCUCGAGAAGAUUCUGAUGGGCAAUUAUGCCCGUGUCAUUAUAAUUUGUCACUUUGAGCAUGGUCUAGGGAAGUGUUGUGUUAAUUUGUUGACCCGAUCAAGCUUAUGUUUCUUAAAUUAUUAUUUAUUAAUUCAAUCUUGUAAGCUUCUUUA